GUCACCACUGUCGCCAUCUUACCAGAAAAUCCAAGAGAGAGAAACUUGUGUGAAAAAUAUCUCGAAUACCUGUUAGUAAGCUCCUAAAUUGUAUACUCGUCUGCACAAAUUAAUAUCUCAAGCAUCACAGAAUGACAAUCUUGCCCAAAAAGAAGCAAGCAAAGGAGAAGAAUGAACAAGAAUCGGGUGAACAUUCACAAAGUCAUAUUCACGGUCACAGCUCAACAACUGUUAGCGAGCAAAGGGCAGGAAGGGCCCGAAAUUCACCCCCUAGAUGGACUCAUACUAGCUCUAGAGACAGUAAAUUAACAACCCACGACCCAGGAGGGACGUUUGAAGAGUUUGAAUCCCGAGAAGGGAGCUCUAGUCAUAAUAAAAGGCGUCACAGAUCUCCCACCCACAGUCACAGAAGUAGAAAGCAAAGGAGCGAGUCUCGGCCGCACAGAGAAGCGACGGGGCUCUCGUCACAUCCUAGCUGUAGCUCACAAAAUACUGCUGAUAAUGAAGAGUUAAAUGAAGGAUAUAAUAGUGAAGAUGAAUAUACCACACCCAAAUGUCGGGAAAAUCUAGAAGAGUUAGAACAGUGGUUUGAGGCUGCACUGCAGAAGAAGCGACACUUUGCUAUCAAAAAGAUGAAGGAAGAUGGAGCAUGCUUAUUUCGAGCUGUGUCUGACCAAGUGUAUGGUGACCAGGAGAUGCAUUCAUUAGUAAGAAAGCAAUGUAUAGACUACAUGAUGAAAAAUGCAGACUAUUUUUCUAAUUAUGUCACGGAGGAUUUUACAACUUAUCUUAACCGCAAAAGACUAGAUAGUUGCCAUGGUAACCAUGUAGAAAUGCAGGCAAUGUCCGAGUUAUACAAUAGGCCUAUAGAAGUUUACAAGUACACAACAAAACCAAUCAAUACGUUCCAUGGUGCAUACAAAACAGAAAAUGAACCAGUACGGCUAAGUUACCAUAACAACUCGCACUAUAACUCUGUGGUUGACCCAUAUAAAGCCACAGUGGGAGUAGGCCUAGGGCUCCCAGGGUUUCAACCGGGGUCUGCAGAUAAAAACCUUAUGAAUAAUGCAAUAAAGCAGUCUGAAGACUUCCACAUAGAGCAGACUAUGUUAGACGAUAAAAUGCGAGAAACAGACUGGGAGCUCACCCAGGAGACCAUGGAGGAGCAAGUGGCUCGCGAGUCCUACUUACAAUGGCUCCGCGAGAAUGAGAAAAGAGCAAAAGGACAAGCAUCAUCUAAAAGUGCCAGUGCUACCUGUAGCAGCAGUUCUAUGGCAGAUGGACAGUCCUUCACCUGGAGGGAAGGGCUGUCACCUGUCAAUGUCACCACUCACGCUGUGCGGUCACCAAGAAACCGUAGCGCUAAUAACUCUGGACAGAACAGUCCGAAUAGGAUGGACACUUCUGAAGCUCUGCCGUCACCCCCGCCACCCAAGCUACCUGUACAGAAUGACCAAGGUGCGUGUGCUGGGUCCCCAAAGCCUGGGUCAAGUGGAGUGCUGAACCGAAGCCCCUCACCUCCUGGGGCCUGUGGGGGUGUGGCCUCUUUUUCUGAAACAGCUUCCAUUAUGAAUCAACUUCCACCAAAUGCAUUUAACCUUUCAGACUGGGUCACUGAUGAUGACGACAUCCUGGCUCAAGUGAUGGCCCAGUCGCAACAAGAAUAUCUGGACAGUCUGAGGAAGAACGCUGCUGGCACAAGUAAACAAUCCUCAUCCAGCGGAAACAGCUAACACACACUGCAGGGCAGCAUAGGUUGAUAUAUAGGGUUUCUAUUUUACACUGAUCAGUAAUGCUUCUAAAAGUGGGAAGCAUUGUUAAGGUUUAAAGACCACUCUCAUUUACACUAAAGACGAACUCUUAUUAGUUCAUGACUACCCCAAUGGCAUAUUUCAGUGUUUAAAGGCUAUCGUAAUAUAUGCAGCAAAUGAAAUCUAAUUUUUUUUUUUUUCAUUUUUGAUGAAGAAAUUGGAGGGUUAACAUAUCCCUUAUUUUGAUGGGACAGUAAGUUGAGAAUUGUUCCAGUGUAGCAGUAAGCUGGGCUGGUCUAUCUGCUGUGUGAUCAUUUUGUGUCCGUGUUCUUCACAUUGUGAUGAGGAAUUGUGGCAUUAUAACAUUUGAUAUAACACAGAUAUAUGCAAUCCCUGUCAAUAGUUGGUUAAGACUUGCCCAGUGCCAUAAGCCACUGUGGUAUCUUUCUGAUGCCGGUGUUUGUAUGGAAUUCGAUAGUAGAUGCUUGACUGAAUUUUUAGGAUGAAAAAAUAUGUGGUAUGUCAUUGAGAGUGUAGAUUUACUUGUGUCCUUCCAUUUCUGUGAAGUAGGAAGUACUAAUGAGCUUCCAUGCAAGAAAUUUGAGUUGUCUCGUGUUUGCACCAUUUGGUCAGGGGUGGUGGGGGGUGAACACUGCCAUAUCCUAGAAUUCACUGUGGGGGAAUGGGGCACAAGGAAAACUUUUUCCUCACUCUGCUCAUCAGAUAUAAGCCAGUAGAGGAGGACUAUUUUGUAAGGGCAUGAAAGGCACAUCUUCACUGCUCUAUUAGUUUAUUUAUUAUGUACUUGAGUAAUUGGGACACACUCAGCGAUGAUGUUUGAUUGAUGGUUUUUGUGCUAGUGACUUUUCAUGUUACUUCUCACAUGUCAUUUAAACCACAUCAUAUUUGCUUUGCUUUGUUGUUGUAGGUAAAUACUUAAAACUGCUAAGAUAUACAAAGGUUUGCUGACCCCCUCCCCCUCUGAACAAAUUAGAUAGCAAGUGAUUAGUUGAUGGAAAAAAGUGCAUUUGGAAACUUGUCACAUAUAUAAGAAUAUCCUGUCAAUGGUGACACCCCUACUUUGCUUGCAGAAAAGAACCUUUAAAAAGUUGCUGGAUUUUGAAUAGAAAUAUUUGUGAAUGGGAAAAACAGUAGUAUUUUUUUUAUGAAAUGUGGUGCCUGUUUUAGGACAAAAGGGCAAGGCCAAUGUGGCCAAAGUUUUAGGCAGAUACUUAACUUAUGUGGACCACUUUUUUUUUUUAGCUGAAGAACAAUAGUUAAGCAUAGAUCCAAUAUUGUGGUGCUGAAAUGUUGUUAAGAAAAUGAAAUUGUCUUUGGAAGGUUAUGAUAAGUAUUGGCAUAUGUGUUUGCAGAUACAGAAAUGGUGCUUGGAUAUGUUGUAAUUUUGCAUUGGAAUGUAUAUUGGCAAAAAUGUUUGAUAUGUUGGUGACAGUAAUUAUUGUAAUAAAUUAUAGUAUAAAUUGGCCUGAAAAAAACAAAACCAUGAUGAUGUGAUUCAUAUUUCAAAUUUUGUAAUAAUUAUUGAAGUUAUCAAGAAAUUUAUCAUAACUCCCUCAGUUUAAAAGGUCUGUUCCAAAGGCUGCUCAAUUAGAAUCCAAUUUUUGUAACUUAUUAUAAAAUGACAAAUUAUUUCAACUAGAUAUUUUUAAAAUUAGAAUUUCAUUUCUUAAUUCAGAGUAUUUAUUGAGAGUCUACACCCAGUUAACCAAAACCUGAUAGAUGUUUAAAGAGAGCUCCGUUUUGUCAGGUUCGUGAAAUGUUUGUUGUGUACAAGGCACUGUAAUGGUUUGGGUUGAUUAUUUAUUUAUACCUCCCAUUAUUCCCUUUUAUUGCAAUAUUUUUGUUGUGCAAGGUAUGUUUUUAUUGUUAUGCGUCAAUGGUAUGUGGAGCAAUUAUUGAGAGAAUAUGUUUCAGAUUAUGCUUCUUAGUGGUAAACAUAGCACAUCUGCCAAUAAAUUGAACUUACUUUGAA